GCAAAUGAAAAGAACAUAAGUCGAAGUUGAAGGCCGACUGGAAGCGCGAGGGUAUGACAGAGGAGGAGGUUGCUCGUGUUUGUCCUCCUGAUGUAUACCAUCGUCAGUGGAGGGAGCUUGUUCACUAUUGGUUUUCCGAGAGAGGACAGACAUAUUCUGACAUUGGUCGAGCCGCACGAGCAUCUCAGACAAUUCCUCACACUUCAUGCUCGAAGAGUUAUGCGAGGCUCAGAGCUGAAUUCAUGGAAGACCAUGGGAGGAAAUCUGGUGAGGUGGAGUUCUAUAAGAUGACUCAUACCCACCGAGAUGGCAGCUUUGUCCGAGAGGAGUCGAGAGAUAUAGUUGACAGAGCUACAUCCCUUAUUUCAGAGCGUAUCGGAGAGUCAUCUUCAAUCGGCAACACCAGAGGUGUCGAAGCUCAGGUGUUUACCGAGUUGAUGGGCUCGGAGCGUUAUGGUCGAGUGAGGGGUUAUGGCGUUGGAGUUACCCCCACUCAGUUGUCUGCAGUGGGUAGAUAUACUCAAGAUGUUAGACAGAGUAGUAGCACUGCAGAGGUUAAUGAUCUGAAGGCAGAGAUAAAAGAGUUGAAGCAAAGCCACCAGACAGAGAUGCAAUCUUUGAGGGCUCAGAUUAAUCAGAUUACAUCUUUGUUGCAUCAGUUUGUCCCUCCUCAGGUUCAUGAUAGUUCAUCUGCACGUAGAGAUGGUGAUGCUAGCGACCCCUGAAGCAUUUAUUUAGGA